CCUAGUUGCGCGCGACGCAAGUGAGCUAAUUUCUAGUGAGCUUCUGCCAAGCUGCAGCUGGCAUACAGUAUCUAUUACAUAAUCCAAGUAGAUAGCUGAGUCUGACUUGGUGGGCUGUAUAAUGCAGAUCCUGGCCGGCGGACGCCAUUAGCAUGAAAAGGCUAAGAGGCUUCACAGGCAGCUUGGAUGGGCCUAGGAGGAAAUAUCGCCAGCUGCGGCUGGUGGGAAUUGCUAACAAGCUUGCAGCUGUGUCAAAGCAGAUUGAUAUAUACACAGGUCGCUGCCACGCUUCAGCUGAAUCCUUGACCAACUUCGGGCCAACAUUACCGCGGCCCUUCUCCCCUCCGACUGAAGAUUGCAGAGCGGCCUGAGUGUUCCAUCAUUCCAUCACGUCAUCGGCGACAGAGAGGUGACAGAUAAAGAUCUGGCGUUCGCUCGACGCAAUCAUCUCCCACCUGUCGAUUGCUUGGAGCUUGCAGACACGGUUGGAUAAACGGGACUGCCAACAGAACACACGAAAACAUGGUGAAUGCUGCAUCCGUCCCUGAACGGGACCCCAAAUACUACGCAAUGCACCAGCACAUAGAGCUCCGCGAUAGCGGUCUAUACGGGCUGGGUCUUUUUGCCACGGCUGCAAUCAAGGAAGGGGAGGUGAUCUGGAACGACGACACAUACAACGCGGACAAGUACCUGCAUACCGUCACGGAGAUAAAGUCGUGGCCCCUUGACCGCCAGCGCGAGUUCAUGCACUACUGUUACCAAGUCGAAGAGGUGACGUUUUCGGGGAUGACGAGCUUGGAGAUGGUCCAAAGCGAAGUGUCGAACUACAUGAACCACAGCUGUGAUCCGACCUACUGGUUUCUCACAGAGGACCCCGCUCGCAUGCUCGCGCGGCGCAACAUCAAGGCCGGAGAGCAGAUCACGUACGACUACGCCACGUCCGAGACAACGGACUUCCGGCUGGAAUUCGUGCCUCUGUGGCUCCGAAAACUGCCGUGGCAAGCUGUCGGGCAGCGAUUAUCAGCGGCCGGACGUCCAGAAACGCUAUCAGGGCCACUUCAUGCCGCACGUCCAACGCCUUAUAAAACGCGGCGCGGCCGCGGGGAAAGAAGACAAAGUUUGAUAUAUACGUGUUCGGCCUUCGAACGUCGGAUUAUGGAAGUUUCAGACACGUCAGGCAACGUGAAUACUUGGAGGAAGAACUGAGAGGUUUGCAAUCGGUAGGACUUAAUGCUAAAUCUUCGAAGAAGCCGUCAAACUCUGUCAUGAGACGAUCGUGAGCCAGUUCCGGUCCUGUUCCGGUUCCUGUCAGCUCCAUCGGACUGCACUGUCAAAUGACCCUGACUACAGUAGAUUCAUCCAAUAUCAGAGCUCUUUGCAGAACUACAAUCUGUAAGUGUGAACAGCCAUCUUACAGAUCGAAUUGAUUUGGCCGUAUGCGGGGCUGUGCGCGCCUGGUAUCUGUGGCUGAUUCGACGUCAAAAUCCUAGCUUUGGUCAACUGUUUUAGGAUUUU